CAAAUGCCAUCCCUCUUCUACGCCCCCGCUUCCCUUCCAUGCCCGACAUCAUUGUCACCGUUGCAGGCGUGCUCAAGUUAUUAGAAGGCUUGAAAAGCGGCAGGGCCGGACGAUAUCCACCCCUUAAAAAGAGGUUGCGCAGGUCGCUGCACCCUUCCUACGCUCAAUGUUUCAGAGGUCGCUUGACACAGGAGAAAUUUCGGGACUAGCUCUUAGCUAACAUAUGUCCUAUCCACAAAAAGGCGACAGAUCACAUGCUGGUAACUAUCGUCCUGUGCCACCAGCUUGCAACGUCUGUAAGUUGCUGGAACAUAUUGUGUACUCCAACUUGAUGCUCCACCUUGAUACCUAUAACACACAGACCGACAACACGCUUUUAGAGCAUCGCAUAGUUGUGUGACCCAGUAAUGCCAUGUUGUCAACGACUAGGCCCUAGCUCUGGAUCGCGAUUUCCAGACGGACGCUUUCAUACUUGAUUUCGCCAAGGCAUUCGAUAGUGUGCCACACAAGUUACGUAGCUACGGAAUAUCUGGUGCAACUCUCCGAUGGCUUGACUCUUUUCUUUCGAAUCGUUAUCAAAGGGUAGUCGUCAAUGGAGCCAAAAGCAACUGGCUAACGGUGAAGUCAGGCGUUCUUCAAGGGAUAGUGCUGGGUCCUGUUCUGUUUAAUUUAUUCAUCAACGAUAUUGUAAAGGACAUUGACUCAGAGAUCCACCUGCAGACAAUUGUAUCUGUUACCGUACUAUUCGCACGAAUACAGAUUGUAAUUUGCUGAGAGAGACAUAACAAAGCUUGGGUCACUAAACAGUGGUCUAAGAAAUUCGAACCUAGCAAAUGGAAGAUAAUUCGUGUAUCCCGGAAAACGCGCCACAAUACACCGUUCCUGUACUAUCUUGAUGACACCCCAUUGGAAACUGUGAAAGGGAUGAUAUCUGGAGAUGACAAAAACUCACGACCUAAAAUGGAAUCGGCAUAUAGCGGACAUCCCAAAACAUGCCAACAGGGUGCUUGGGCUACUUAGAAGGAACCUUUCAAACUGCCAUCGCGAGGUCAGAGAGACAGCCUACAACAGCCUGGUAAGACCACUCCUUGAAUAUGGGUGUGAGAUAUGGGACCCAUACACCGCUAACCUGAUAGUAGCAGAGAUCGAGAAAAUCCAAAGGCAGGCGAGCUUUGGAGUUUUAAAUAUAAUUCUAGGCAAUGGAGGACAGCGAGCUAACGUAUGGAGGUCAGGGUUUCUCCUGUUGGGGUUUCACCACAAAGAUUGCAGGGGUCUUUGCGUCUCCUACUCUGCUAAGAGCUGCAAUCACGAUAGUGUACGGUGUACCCCUGCAAUGCAUCUUGGAUCGCACCACACGUCCGCGAUGGCACUUCUCAGCGGUCUCCAUUAUAAUGCUGUUUAUCCAAUGGGGUUCGUUUGGCACAGAAAUGUCUAUGGUAUUGUGCGUAUGGAAGAAAACUAUCCCAUUUGAGACACUCACGCUUAUGGUUCUCCUCGUGUUAUCUGGGGCGUCCACAUUUACGAUAUUCCUGCUGUACUUCUACAACCCGACCUACAUAUUUGUGAAACGUGGAGAAUCAACAAUAAGCCCCGAGUUUAGCUUUGAGCCCGAAGGCAGACACGUGACUCUUGCAAUGACGAGGAAAAAGUGGGCAAGGGUCAGCGGUUUUCUCGUGUUGGGCGCCGUGGGUGUGGCGUUCAUGGUCUUUUGUGAUGCAGAAAAUACGUUCUUUGACUUUUACGGGAUUCACGGAAAAAAGGGAGAUUUGGAUGAUCUCUUUAAUCAAAACUCAAACCUCUGUAUGAACGGUAAGAAGUUUAAGUACCUGUACGUAACUGGCGUCGCUGGUCUGUUUUGGGGGUUCCUCGCCGCGGCUGUUUCGUGUUGUGUGUUCUAUGUCGCUUGUCUAGAUAUAGUGCACCACGUGGGCUACAUAGAAGAACUGAUCCUCAGAAGAGCACGUGAUUUCCGAGCUGCUAAAAGCUACCACGAAUGUCUCCUAAAGUACACGGACAACGUUAUUGGGACUUUCAAGUACUGGUUCUUUAUCCAUAGCGUCUUCUUUUUCCUCGCGAUUCUCUGUUCCAUCGCAGGCUGGGUGGCAGUCGUGAGUAAAGCGAUUGAAAACGACAGUCACAUAGGCUCCAUCAUUCUAGCAGAGGUCGCGGGGUCUCUGGUUAUCGCCUUCAAAUACGCAUUCCCAAUGUACGCCGCGAGUCAAGUAACCAGUCGCUUUGAUAAGAUGUAUCGCCGAGUCGCGCGAGAGUGUUCGCCCAGUACGUUCCCGGAUGUAGACGUAUUUAUGAGCUACUGCUUUCGCUGCAAAGGCGGCUUUAAAGUACUUGGCAUCAGAGUCACAGCUAGGUUGGCAUUGAUGGCAUUGUUGUCUUCGUUUGUGGGUUUUGGUCGAGUUUACCAAAUGAUAAAAGGGCAGUAAGAAGGCGGCAUAGUAAGGUAGUGUGGUGCUAUAGAUCAGUAGAACGGGCAUCGCCUGUUAAGCCAGGCGGACAGAGCUUGAACCUGGAUCAGGAUCAGAGUCAUAUCCUGGCUCUGCAAGCAUUGCUUGUACGGUUAGUCAUACAAGACAGAGCUCAUCCCAGGAGCAAGCGUGGGCAAGCAUUU